AUGGCCUCCAAACGCCAAGAGCGGCUGGACUUCGAGGCGAAUGACUACUACGCCUACCUCAACCUCGAUUCUGGAGCCAGCGAAGCCGAGGUCAAGAGGCACUUCCGACAGUUGGCCUUACAGUGGCAUCCCGAUAAACAUCGAGAAGGUCCCGACAGGACCCGUGCCACAGACAUCUUCCAGCAGAUUAACAAGGCCCAUGAGGUGUUGUCAGACAGUCAGCAACGGUCACGUUACGACAGUGUGUGGUGCCAAAAGCACAAAGGUCGACACCGCGUUGUACCAGAGUGGGCCAAGAAGGCCGGCACUGGCCGCAGUGGAAGCGUCGAGGGCCGCGCCGGUGCCGGCAGCGUCCAGGGAGCUGCGGCCAGCGACGAAGGUCCUGGUUUCUGGCCGCCGAACCUCAAGGCAGGGAGCGUGGACCGCAGCGCAGCGCCCAAGGAUCGUGCCACCCAGGCGUAUCCGCAGAGGCCAGCGAGCUUCACGGAUGGAAGUCGUUUCUGGGAGGGGCCGCGCCCCGCAGCCGCCUGCGCACGUCCCCCGCCAGGCUCAGUGAAGCCGCGGGAAGCCGACGGCACCGCGAGGAGGCCUCCCCCUUCGCCAGCCCAGCCGCACCCAGCACACGAAGGCUCAAAGAAGCCUCCAGACGCUGGAACAAGGCAGCCAGACACGGAAGAGGGCACAAGCUCGACCCAAGAGAAGCCAAAGAAGGGGAAAGAUCCUGAGCUUCAGAAGCGGGAGAAGGAGCGAAUGGAGGCCCAAGCUGCUUGGCUGCGGAGGGCGCGGACGGAGGAGCUCCGGCCCAGGACUGCCAAGAAGGAGCUUCGGCGAGCGGAGACGGUGCCUGAAGAAGCGGAGUUUGGACAUAUUGAGGAGCUCCGCCGAAAGAUGGCCCAACAGGCCGAACUCAUAGCUGAGCAAGCGAGGGAAGUGACAAGGCGGUUUUCAGACAGCUUCCAAGCCAGCGCCAAUGCCGAGGAGGACGUGCCAGCUGCCACUGGGCGAGGUCCAUCAUCGGAGUCAGUCGAAAGCAACAGCAGCGAGUCUGCAGACGAGGAAGUGCGAACGAGACAGACUCUUCCCAACGAGGUGGAUGCCUGGAGUCGUGCUUCCGAGUCCAUGAGCCAGGUUUCCGCAGACAUGGUACGCGCUGCGCAACGAUAG